AAAAACUCCAGUGUGGCGCAUUAAGAAACACUUUUGCAGUUACUUGAACUGACUAAAAAUGCUGUCCUACAUCAUUGGCCUCAUCCGAGGCGGCUUUGACGGCAUCAUAAACCUCAUCCUCAGCCUUUUCUUCCGAAAAAGGAGACCUGCCAUCACCUUAGAGGACCCCAACAUCAAGUAUGCACUGCGGCUGAUAGACAAACAGAUUGUCAGCCAUGAUACAAGGAAGUUCCGCUUUGCUCUGCCGUCCCCUGAACACAUCCUUGGUCUCCCCAUAGGCCAGCAUAUCUAUCUGUCUGCAAAGAUAGACGGAAAGCUUGUGGUCCGUCCUUACACGCCGACCUCAAGUGAUGAUGACAAAGGCUGUGUGGAUUUGGUGGUGAAGAUUUACUUCAAAGAUGUCAACCCUAAAUUCCCCGAGGGCGGGAAGAUGAGUCAGUACUUGGAGAGCCUCAAGCUCAAUGACGUAAUUGAUUUCAGAGGACCCAGCGGCCUUCUCGUCUACAAAGGCAGAGGAAAAUUCGCCAUUCAACCAGAUAAAAAAUCUGAAGCUGAGAUCAAGACGGCCAAACAUUUGGGCAUGAUUGCUGGAGGGACGGGGAUUACACCCAUGCUGCAGAUCAUCACAGCUAUAAUGAAGGAUCCACAGGACCAGACAGUGUGCUACCUGUUGUUUGCUAACCAGACGGAGAAAGACAUCCUGCUGCGACCGGAGUUGGAAGAGAUUCAGGCCAAUAAUCCAGAUCGGUUCAAUCUGUGGUUCACCCUGGACAGAGCACCUGAUGACUGGGAGUACAGUCAAGGCUUCAUCAAUGAAGACAUGAUUAGGGAUCAUCUUCCACCUCCCAGCGACGACAGCCUCAUCCUCAUGUGCGGACCUCCACCAAUGAUCCAGUUCGCCUGCAACCCUAAUCUGGACAAAGUCGGCCACGCCAACAGCCGCAGGUUUACCUUCUAGACGUCCGUCCUCGCCAGGUGUGACUAUCAAUGGGAGUCCAG